CGCGGCGGCAGAGCACCGGGCGCCCGGGCGGGGACAGUAGGCGCGCGAUGCCCGAGCCAAGCAGGCCGCCGCGCGCCCGGAUCCCGGCCGGGGAGGAUGCGCGCCGCGCGGGAGCGGCCGUGCGGGCGGUGCGAUGUUGGUGACCCGCGGGGACCGCGGCGGCGGGGAGCGCGCGCCCUCGCGGCGCCCGCGCUGCGGGCUGAUUCCAGCCGGAGCCGCGGCGCUGCUAGCUGGGGCCAGCUGCCUUUGCUACGGCCGCUCGCUGCAGGGCGAGUUUGUGCACGACGACGUGUGGGCGAUCGUGAACAACCCCGACGUGCGGCCCGGGGCCCCGCUGCGUUGGUCCGUCUUCGCUAAUGACUUCUGGGGCAAGGGCCUGGCGGACAGCACCAGCCACAAGUCCUAUCGGCCGCUGUGCGUGCUGUCCUUCAGGCUAAACAUAUUUCUGACUGGCAUGGACCCUUUCUACUUCCACGCGGUCAAUGUUAUUCUGCACUGCCUGGUGACCCUUGUGCUGAUGUAUACCUGCGAUAAAACGGUCUUCAAGAACCGCGGACUUGCAUUCAUCACAGCCCUGCUCUUUGCAGUGCACCCGGUCCACACCGAGGCGGUGGCUGGCAUCGUGGGCAGAGCUGAUGUGCUAGCGUGCCUCCUGUUUCUGUUGGCCUUUCUUUCCUACCAAAGGAGUCUGGCUCAGGACUGUGCAGGGCAGUGCUUCCCCCCAACGGCUUCUCCCUUCUUCCUGCUGCUCAGUUUGUUUUUGGGGACCUGUGCCAUGCUGGUGAAGGAGACAGGCAUCACCGUGUUUGGAGUGUGUUUGGUUUAUGAUCUCUUCUCGCCCUCCCACAAGCAGGACAGGUUGAGCAAUGGGGCGAUCUGUCAGCACAGUUCGGGGCAGCCAGGGAGCCCCCAGCCCUCCUCUCAGCAAGCCCACCCCCACCGUGAGAGCAGAAAGCAGCGCUUCCCACACAAAGACUCCUGGGGAGGCUGCCACUCACCAUUGCCACCAGAGCCCAAGAACAGUGGAUUCCCCAUGUCCCCGAGAGCGGUGUGGUCUCUGGUGAGGUGUCUGACAGGAAGCAGCAACAGAAAUUUCCUGCUUACCCUGAGACCAUUUUUAAAGAGGGCUAUUUUGGUCAUCAGUUAUGUGACCAUCAUUUUGUAUUUCCGCCUGUGGAUAAUGGGAGGAACUAUGCCCCUCUUCUCAGAGCAGGACAACCCAGCUUCAUUCUCACCAUACAUCCUUACAAGGUUCCUUACCUAUUCCUACCUCCUGGCCUUCAAUGUGUGGCUCCUGCUGGCACCCAUCACCCUGUGCUAUGAUUGGCAAGUGGGCAGUAUCCCUCUGGUGGAGACCAUAUGGGAUGUGAGGAACCUUGCUACCAUCCUUCUGGCAGUGGUGAUGGCCUUACUGAGCCUGCACUGUGUGGCAGCCUUCAAGAGGCUGGAGCACAAGGAAGUGUUGGCCGGCUUGCUGUUCCUCGUGUUCCCGUUCAUUCCAGCCAGCAACCUCUUCUUCAGGGUGGGCUUUGUGGUGGCCGAGAGAGUCCUGUACAUGCCUAGCAUGGGCUACUGCAUUCUCUUUGUGCAUGGACUGAGUAAGCUCUGUGCUGGGCUGAACCGGUGCGGGGCCUCCUCCCUGAUGGCGUCCACGGUGUUACUGCUGCUGCUGUUCUCCUGGAAAACCGUGAAGCAGAAUGAAAUUUGGCUGUCGAGAGAGUCCUUAUUCAGGUCUGGAGUUCAGACUCUACCCCACAAUGCCAAGGUUCAUUACAACUACGCCAAUUUCCUAAAAGACCAAGGUCGGAACAAGGAAGCGAUCUACCACUACAGAACCGCCCUCAAGCUGUACCCACGCCAUGCAAGUGCACUGAACAACCUUGGGACACUGACAAAGGACAUGGCGGAAGCUAAGAUGUACUACCAGAAGGCAUUGCAGCUCCACCCUCAGCACAACCGCGCACUUUUCAAUCUGGGGAAUCUCCUCAAGUCCCAGGAGAAAACAGAAGAAGCCAUCGUGCUGCUGAAGGAAUCAAUUAAGUAUGGUCCGGAUUUUGCUGAUGCCUACUCAAGCUUGGCCUCCUUACUGGCUGAGCAGGAAAGAUUUAAGGAAGCCGAGGACAUUUACCAGGCUGGAAUAAAGAACUGUCCGGACAGCUCAGACUUACACAACAACUAUGCAGUUUUCUUAGUUGACUCCGGCUUUCCAGAGAAGGCUGUGGAUCACUACCAGCAGGCCAUCCAGCUUAGCCCAAGCCAUCAUGUGGCUGUGGUAAACCUGGGCCGACUCUACAGGUCUCUAGGAGAGAACAGCAUGGCCGAAGAGUGGUACAGACGCGCCCUGAAGGUGGCCCGCACGGCUGAGGUACUGUCACCUCUGGGAGCGCUGUAUUACAACACUGGCCGACACAAGGAGGCAUUGGAAGUGUACAGGGAAGCUGUCUCACUCCAGCCUUCCCAGAGGGAUCUGCGUCUAGCUCUGGCACAGGUUUUAGCAGUGAUGGGUCAGACCACAGACGCUGAAAAGCUAACGAUCCACACAGUGUCUGAGGAGCCCAGGUGCCUGGAAUGCUACCGCCUCCUGUCAGCAAUCUACAGCAAGCAGGAGCACCAUGAGAAGGCGCUUGAGGCCAUAGAGAAGGCUCUUCAACUGAAGCCCAAGGACCCAAAAGUCAUAUCUGAACUUUUCUUUACAAAAGGAAACCAGCUAAGAGAGCAGAACCUUCUGGACAAAGCUUUUGAGAGCUACGAAACUGCUGUGACCCUGGAUCCUGACCAGGCACAGGCCUGGAUGAACAUGGGCGGCAUCCGGCACAUCCAGGGAAGCUAUGUGUCUGCCAGGGCCUAUUAUGAGAGAGCGCUGACGCUGGUCCCAGACAGCAAGUUACUGAAGGAAAAUCUGGCCAAGCUGGAUCGCCUGGAGAGGAGGUUACAAGAAGUCAGAGAACGGGAUCAAACAUAGAUUGAAAGAGGACACGGGCAUGUGGGACUCAGCUGGCUGGAAGAGGACAGAGCUGGGGAGGCCUUGCUUACACACAGCAGGCUCUGCCAGCCAGGCAGUCCUCUCCUGGUGGCACGGUGGGAGACAGCCACUGGUGACUGUGCUUAAAGAGUUGUUUCCAUGAAGAGACAAACAGCAGAGGAGAGCAGACUGUCUGCAGGGAAGGGAGACAGCCAGAGCGCGCUUUGCCUGCUCCUGUGUGAUUCCCAGUCCCAGGAUAGGAUAGUAAGCAGUGCUUUGGCAGCAGAUAGUGACCUCCAUUCUUACUAUAGCCCAGAAAUAUAGAAACUCAAAGUCCUGUAAACACAGCAGCUGUUCCUAAGAAAGGAUGCAUUCUCUGAAGUCAAGUUCAGUUAAUUCUCAAGAAUCUAGCGUCAGUGGUGAAGAGCAUUGGUAGCGCCCUGUGGAGUGCAGGGGAGCAGAACACUCGAUAGCUGGGCUUGAGCUAAUGUCCCCCAAGAGUAUCGCGAAGCACCUUUGGAGAAGUACAUUAAAUUCUACUCUGGUAUAUGGGGUUUUUUUAGUGCCUAAAACACCAAAAUGGAAUCUUCUACAAUUGUAUGUGGCUAUGUUUAUCUCUACAGGAAAAUCAAAGUUCAGCAUCCUUGAUUCUAUGGAAAUGUUUUAAAUGUUUGAACUGUAUUCCAGGUUUCACUAGUGUCGUGUCUCCACUCUGAACCUUGUGAGUGCAUUAAUCCUGCAGUUGGGACCCUGAAAUGUGUCGCUCAAGUGUGGAGCAGUGAGCUGCACUCUGCACAAGUGUGCAGAAGUGUUAAAGGUUUGGGCCAGAGAAGGGCUCUACUUUAUUCUCUUAAGGUCAAGACUUGUGAGAUUUAUUGUUUUGGAAAGAUAUAUUUGAGCACUGACGAAUCUUUACAUUGUGUUACAGAAUUCCUCACAGACUCUUUUAAAUUGAGGAGAAAGAGCUCUGUCGUUGACUUUGAGGUUUAGUGGGGAUUCUGUAUUUAAAAUACAAGUGAGUUUGGAGACUUCUUAGAGAAUACGCUAAAACUCUAGGAUGAAGUAAAAAUCCAUAAUUUUUUAAAAAUAUAUUUAUAUUUAAAAAUAAGGAAGGCAAAGUUGAAAUCACAAUAUGACAUUAUUUUUAGUGUUAUUUAUUGUAUAACUUAUAAAAUAUUUAAUAUAUAUCCAUAUCUUGUUUUUUUCCCUCUGUACAUAGUCAUUUUGAUAGCAGCUCUCAAAACCAAGCAUAUGAAAAUUGCAAGAUAGGAAAGCUUUCACAGUCUCCCAAAUCAUAUUGGUUAUUUGCCAAUAAAAGUAAUAGAGUUAGGGGCAGCUCAGUGUUUUGGGACUGAAGGAGUUAGAAGGGCUCGUCACUGAAAACAAAAACACCACAGGCCCCGCAGGUCCUGAUGCUGAGCCAGUCAUCACACAGACAUGAGAGCUGGAGAGCAAAAGCAUCUCACCAGUGCAGCCAGGCCCAAGGGAAAGCCCUCUGCUUCUUAUACCCCAGCAUCAGAGUGCGGUGCCUCUGGGUGUUAUUUUUGUAGCAGGUAAGUUGAAAUAAAUGGCUGAAAAUGUAUUUGGAAAGGCUUGUGGUGUGGUGUUGAUCCAACACACACCUGCUUUGGGGGGGGGCAGUUUUUGUCACCUGGUUUCUGUCAACAUUAUGUAAAUUACAAUAUCAUAAAUUGAUCUGGAAUCUUAUUUUUCCCAUCUAAGAUAUAAUAUAUAUUCUAUAUUAAGAAAUAUAUCCAAAAAAAGAAAUAUAACUUUAGUCCCAAGGUCAAAAAAAUGUACUAUAAUGUUUAUUAUAAAAUAAUUUCUAGCCCCUAAGUUGGAUGGCAGGGACCCUUGGUAAAAGUCACCUCUUAGUUAUAAUAGUCUUUAACAAAAUGGAUGCAUUAAAAAAGUAAUGGGAUAGAUUGGACUACAAGGACUUUGCCUUACAGAAAAUGCUUCGGAAGAUCUCAAUAUACGCUUGCUAGAAUAAUUAAAAAGGCAAUUACAAAGUAAACCUUUCAGAGAAGAAAAAGCCACGUGAGGUCUAGGAGACUGCUGUAUCUGGUCCUCUCUUCUUUCUCCUUUGUCUCCCCACUUUGGCACCUCCUGAAGCAGUAAAAAUAAGCACUGCUUACAAAGAAAAGCCAAGUCAGCUUGCUUUGUUGGCCCAGAUAUCUUGGAUCCUUUAUUGAAAUGAGCCAGUGAGAUAGUUUCCACAGUUGAAACGUUUCCUGAGAGAAAAUCAAUCGCAAACUGUUUGAGUGUAUUUCAUUGAGUGUAUUUUGUAACAUGCUAUUUGGUCCUUGUGACGAGGAAUAGUAAGUGGGCAUCGUCUUUAUUGCAGUAGAAACAGAGCCUGGCAUGUCAUGAAAAUGCAUCUGCUUUGCCGUUAGCAAGCUUGUGCUCUACGGUGGCUGGAGAGCUGUUUCGGAAGCCUAGGAGCAGAGCUGGCUUUGUCCUAGCAGUGCCUCAUCUGAGACUCAGACCCAGGACCUUGAGCACACCAGGAGACAUGCUCCCUCUGAGCUCUGACCUCAGCUAAAUUUAUUCUUAAUGUUUUUUUGUUUGUGUCCAGCCCCGUGUCUCAGAAUUCUGAAACAUGCUUUAGGUAGGAAGGAGACAAAGAACAAAUCAGGAUUUGCUUGGCCUGUUCUGAACCCCCAGCAUAGCAUGCCUGAAGUUCUUCCUUCUGUUACACACAGAGCCCUUACACACAUCCUUGCAGCCCCUCCCACCACCACCAUUCCUUGUCAGGCCUGCCCUUCUUCCUACCCAGCCCCAGCCCAUGUCAUGACAUCCACCCAGACAGCAGUCCUCCUCCAUUCAUGUGCCCGUUGACAUAGAAGUUAUAGGAAUGGCUUGGGGAUUAUUUGGUUAGGAUUUUUUUUCAAAAUGAUUCAAAUGAUAUUAAUGUCAUUAAUAAAACCUGCUUUGGUGGUGGCAUGCAGGUGAAUGGACCAAAAAUGUGGAGACCAUGGAGAAUAGUGUGCUCUUUGAGGCCCGGUGCCCUUUUUUGUUUGUGUAGUUUUGGAGUUGGAACUUUGUGGAUGCCAGGAGAGCCUUCUAUCACUGGCUACCAGUGACACCUCAGCCUCGGAGUUGUUUCUUUUGAAGUUUGGUCAACAUUAGUAUGCAGGUUCUCUUUUGAAGUCUCCAGCAGAAUUUCACAGGCUCUUUGCAGCUUUCAGUCAAGACUUAAUAAAAAUUCUAAACCACACUGUAGAAGCCAGCCAGUUGUGACUGAUGUGACUGAACUGAGGGAGAAAAAGGAAGCAAAUGUCCCAUUUCUCGUGAUUGUUAGCAGACAGUUUAUAUCCUUCUGAUUAGCAGCAUGGGCUGGUACUAAGGCCCUCCCUCCAGCACAGGGCCUCCCAGUACUGACUGCCCUUAGAGAACCAGGACCCUCCUACAUGCCCUAAGACCCAGCUUUCUGGUGCUAGCAAAGUCCUGCAGGGCUGAGCACUUUAACUAAAGAAACUUGUGACUUUUAUCAAGGGAUGUUAGUAAAAUGACAAUUCUGUUUCUAGAUUGGACUAAAAUGAGCCAAAGAACUCAAAGAAUGAGUCGUUGCCCCAUGGUUUGGUCAAGGCCAGUUCCUCUAGUUGGACUGGCAGGUGGCUGAGUAGGGUGGCUUUAUGCUUGUGGCAACUGGACUGUAAUUUACCCUUCCAUUUAGAAAUGAAGGAGAGGCACCACCUUGCUAUGAGCAUGUACCAGGAAAGGUACCAAACAUAACAAAUGAAAAUAACAAAAACCUGAUUUCUUUGGACUCUUAGAAGGUGUUCAUCACUCUGUAUUUGCCUCUGCCUGUCUCUCUCUGCUUGGCACAGACACUGGUGUUGUUUAGUUCUUGAUUAGACUUAUUCAAACUCAUUGUUUUAUGAGCCAGGUGGUGGUGGUGCACACCUUUAAUCUCAGUACUUGGGAGGAAGAGGUAGGCAGAACUCUGACUUACAAUCCAGCCUGGUCUACAAAGUGAGUUCCAGGAUAGCCAUGGCUACACAGAAAAAACAAACCGUGUAGCUGUACUAAGGAGUUGGGUUUUUCUUGCUUUCUUAUUUUCAUAUCACAGUUUCCAUUGUAGGUUGGUGUUGCCCAAAUACUACGGCAAAGCCCAAGCAUCUAAAAGGCAUCCUUUCACAUGUAAAAGUAUAGAAGUCUGCCAAACCUCCCUUCCAGAUAGCAGCUGUAUAAGCUAAGGCUAUGGAAUACCAAAAACAAUGUCAGAAAUAUAAUAAUUCUUGCCAUUAUUCUGAGUUUUCAAUGCAAGGCAUGUUGUAUAGUUCUGAAAACACUUCCAAUAUUUUUGUUUCUAUGAUCUCUUUGUUCCGAGAAAACAGAUAAAUAACUGGUAGUACCAACCACGGCUUCCUAUCAAAGUGGGAUUACAGGAUAGAAAAAAUAGGGGAAGCCACCUGUUGGCUCAUAUUAAAAUAUUUCAUUUUGAUCAUUUGAACUCUUCUGAUUAAAGCCACCAGGACAUGUGUCUUUAAAAAGAGACAGACAGCACCUCCCAAUGCAUAGUCCUGGUCUGAUUAUAAAUGUAGGUCAUCAGCUAUUCCUCUCUAAGUGGAAGCAUCUGUGUUCAGAAAUCCAGGAUAUCUUCUCAUUGUCAGGGGCACACACUCUAUAUUCAUAGCGAAUCUGGAAGUUCCUAAUGUGCAUAUCCUUUGGGGGUUCUUUAGCUGUCGGCCCAUCAUGGGGGCAUACUAGCUCAAGAUUAGUACUUCAGAGUUCUAAUCGUAGUGUCACCCUGAGGAGCUGCAUCGCUGUGGCAGGUUGGUAUGUCUCAGUGGAGUUUGUCCCCCAUGGAGCACUGUUCUGGCCAAUGGUUCCGGGAAUACCAUGAACCUCUUCAAUGCAUGGAAAAGCACUAUACAUCUGCGGAGAUAAUGAUCUUGACCCGCCCCCCCCCAUUAUUCUUGGUAGUGAGCACUACAACCACAACAAAACACAUAAACAACCCUGGGAAGGAUUGGGUUGCCAAGGUAACAUAACAAGAGUAGCAACUCUUACUUUACAGUCUGUGUGCUUAAAGUUCUCGUAGUGACCCUGUCAGCUUUCCUGGGAGAAAAGAUAACUUUUUCUCCCAGGGAACUGAGAUGUCUGCAGAGGCCAGAGCUUGUUUUGAUGUGUGGAAGUCACUGUAUUUGCUGUCAGGACCUUGUUCUUUGUUCCCACUGCUCAAUGUUCCUGUUUUGAGUGAUUGUAUAUAAAUGUACACCUGCUUUAUUUUUGCUAUGCUGCUUAAAAUAUUUCUCCAUGUAAGUCUGACUGUAUACUUUGCCUAAGUCUUUCAAAAAUAAAAAUGUCUAUUUUAUA